AUUCACAAAAAUUCCAUUAUCGAAACCAAAAUGCACCACGAACCAAAGACCGAGGCGGACAUCUAUCCAGAAGGUGGCCUACGCGCCAACCUGGUCGUCGCAGGUAGCUUCAGCGCCAUCAUGGGCGGACUUGGCCUGAUGAAUAGCAUAGGUAUUUACCAGGCCUGGAUCUCAACACAUCAACUGGCUCAUCUCGGCGAGGGGCAGAUUGGCUGGAUAUUUGGCAUCUACAAUUUCCUCGUCUUUUUCUGCGGAAUCCAGAUUGGGCCCAUAUUCGAUAUCAAGGGACCACGAUUGCUGAUGUGGUUUGGCUCAGCUUUGCUUAUCUUGGCCUUUAUCCUCAUGGGCUUCUGUCAUGAAUACUGGCAUUUUCUGGUAGUGAUCGGGAUUCUUGGCGGCAUGGGGACGUCCUUCAUCUUCAUUGUCCCCGUCGCUAGUAUUGGCCAUUUCUUCUGUCGACGUCGUGGCGCUGCAACCGGUCUUGCCUUGUCCGGUGGAAGUAUUGGCGGUGUCAUCUUUCCGCUUGUCCUUGAAAAUCUUGCUCCCCGCAUUGGGUUUGCAUGGUCCACCCGGAUCAUCGCCUUGAUCACGCUGAUCCUGUUGAUCCCUGGCUGUCUUCUUGUUCGAGCGAACCUUCCUCCCAAGGCAACGGCACCUCCAUCACUCAAGGUUUUCCUUCCAGACUUUUCAAUUCUUAAGGACCCUGUCCUCGCCUUAACGACCAUGGGGGUAUUCUUUAUCGAAUGGGGAUUCUUCAUUCCACUUGAGUAUAUCGCUUCCUAUUCUCUUGCCAUGGGGAUUUCACCACGGCUCUCAUACUUGAUGGUUGUCUUCCUGAAUGCGGGCUCGUUCCCUGGUCGCUGGUUACCUGGUAUUCUAGCAGAUCGCAUUGGCAGAUUCAAUACAUUGAUCUUGACAAACAUCCUAUGCUUGAUAUCUGUUCUGGGAAUCUGGUUGCCUGCUGAUGGAAACCUUGUUGCUGUCAUUAUCUUCUCUGUGGUAUUUGGAUUCGCCAGCGGGAGUAAUAUCAGUCUUGUUCCAGUUUGUGUGGGUGAGCUUUGUCCUGUCCAGAAUUACGGAAGAUACUAUACGACCGUCUACACAAUUGUCAGUUUCGGGGCUUUGACAGGUGUCCCAAUCGCAGGAGAAAUCUUGAACCGGUGCGGUGGUGAGUACUGGGGGUUAGUCGUGUUCGCUGGCUGCGCAUAUGCAGCUGGGUUAAGCUGCUUUGUUAUAGUGAAGUAUUUACAGAAAGGUAGAAGUCUAAAAUAG